UUAUGUGAAAAACCCAGCAGCCAUCAUCAUGUGGUCCCCUGUGAAUUGGGAGGGUUUGUGUGUUCCCAAAAAACAAGUCAAGGUCAUGGGUUGGGGCAGGUCAGGUUCCAGACAGAAACCUACCUAUUUUCAGCAACGCAGCAGAACGGCUCCUGCCUUCAAAACGGAGUCAGACAUGUUCCUCACGCUCUUCCACAAAGGAAAGGGAUGGGCUAUGGUUUGACUUUCCAGCCCUUCUAGCCGGCGAAUCUUAAGGCCCACUGUGACACCUUUUCAAGGGACAAGGAAAAACCACAAGGGUCUGCCUCUGUGACUCAGCAGAAGUUUACAGACAAGGGAACAGGUUCCACCAUGGGCCGACUGGAAGGGAAAGUUAUCGUCCUGACAGCUGCUGCCCAAGGGAUCGGCCGGGCCUCUGCGUUAGCUUUUGCAAAAGAAGGAGCCAAAGUCAUAGCCGCAGACAUCAACGAGGCCAAACUCCAGGAGCUGGAAAAUUACCCAGGUAUCCAGACUCGUGUCCUUGAUGUCACAAAGAAAAAGCAAAUUGACCAGUUUGCCUCAGAAGUUGAAAGAAUUGAUGUUCUCUUUAAUGUUGCUGGUUUUGUCCACCACGGGACCAUCCUGGAUUGCGAGGAAAAAGACUGGGACUUCUCAAUGAACCUCAACGUCCGCAGCAUGUACCUGAUGAUCAAGGCAUUCCUUCCCAAAAUGCUUGCUCAGAAAUCUGGCAACAUUAUCAACAUGUCUUCUGUGGCCUCGAGCAUCAAAGGAGUGGAAAACAGAUGUGUGUACAGUGCAACCAAGGCAGCUGUGAUUGGUCUCACCAAGUCCGUGGCUGCAGACUUCAUCCAGCAGGGCAUCAGAUGCAACUGUGUGUGCCCAGGAACAGUUGAUACCCCAUCUCUGCAAGAAAGAAUUCAAGCCAGGGACGAUCCCAAAGAGGCUCUGCAAGCUUUCCUAAACCGACAGAAGACAGGAAGGUUUGCGUCUGCAGAAGAAGUGGCCCUGCUCUGCGUGUACCUGGCCUCGGAUGAAUCUGCCUAUGUGACAGGCAACCCUGUCAUCAUGGACGGAGGCUGGAGCCUGUGACUGCAGGAACUCCUCGCUGAGAAGGCAGCUCUUCCUUCUCACAGAGAGGAAAGAAACCCGACUCAGUGAUCAUCUCUCCUAGGGUGACAGUCAUGAAAACAGCCCCCUUUAAUGAUCUUUAAAUAGACUCUCAUCUCUUCUGAAGCUGUGGUAAACAGAUUAAAUAAAAGGGAUAAAUCAAAUCCA